UUUGGUUUUGCUCAAAAACACUUCCCCUAUCUUUACAAAACAUCGACAGCACAGAAUGUCAGGGGUAGUUUUAUUUAGAACACCAUUAUAUACUUCUGACAAUCUCUUUAAAUUCUAGUAAACGUUUAAUCGUAGUACACAACGUAUGUAGAGAAAGACGAAUAGUUCUGCUAGAGUUCUGCUGAGUUUACUUUUUUAACAGAAAUCGAAAGUAUUGACAUCGGGUGUCUAGAAACUAUCACCUACAUCUAAUAAUGCAGUUGUAUGAAUCGCUUAGUUUUUUUGGAAUUAUUUGAAUGACAAGAGUAACAUGCAUUGCUCAGAGGAAAUGAGCAAAUAAAUGAACAUUUUGCCCACGCUGGAAACACUGCUGUCAACCUGAAAGCUUGUUAUACUUCAGUUUUCCAAGUGACACUUUUGAGAAAUGGCCGCAGCCAACAAGAAGAUAUACUUCAUUAUCACUGCGAAGCCUCCUUCACCAAAUAGCUUCAUUGAUGCUGGUGAAAUAUGCUACAUAGAUAAACAACAGUAUGAGUCCAGGCUAAAAAGAAAGGCUACAGACACUUUACCUGUAGUUCGUAUGGGUAGCUUACUUGAAACCGACCUUGAUAAAGUUCUUCUGAUGCCAUUGAGCAUCAGGGAAGCAGAAUUACUGCUGGCUCUUGAACCUAAUGAAGACCGACUUUUGGCACUGAAAGAUAAAAAGGUUUUACAGGAGGCCUCAAAUCUGACUACAGACGAUCAGGUUUAUGUGGAAUACAAUGGGAAACAACUCAAAGGUAUAAUUCGAUACAUUGGCAGUAUUACGGAUUACAGCAUUAAUCCUUUAGCAGGAACAUUCUUUGGGGUGGAACUACAGGGUGGCGACAAAGGAAAGGGGCAAAAUGAUGGCUCCUACUAUGGCAAAACAUACUUUAAAUGUUCCAAAAACUCAGGAAUAUUUGCACCUUUUACAAGAAUCACACCAAUAGAUCAUAAGCCUUCAGCACCACCCCUAUCAACUCCACCUCUCUUGUCCAUGACAUCAAGUGAGCCUCUUGAUGUUGGAGACAGAGUAAUCUAUUUCUUUGACAAUAAUCCUCACCAUGGCAUGGUUAUGGAUAUAAAGGACAUGCAAGAUGGUAAAAUGGUUCUCAUAUCUACUGAUAAAGAUGAAGAGGGCAAACAAGGUGGAGAGAUAUUGGUCCCACUGGAUUGCAUAAUGAAAGAGGAGUUGUUAAAUACUGAUGAAAAAAUGGACACUUCACAGAACCAAGAGAUGGACAGCGCUUCUGAUUCAGAAGGAAUCUCGGUUGGCUCCCUAGUGCAGUAUAUGGGCAAUAAACUUGGAAUUGUCCGCUGGAUUGGAUAUCUACCUGAUUUUUCUGAGAAGAGUGCUGGGCUGGAAGUGGUGACAGGCAGUGGAGUGUGUGAUGGAAAAUAUAAAGGAAAACAGUACUUUGACUGUGAUCCUAAAAGUGGUUUAUUUGUGAAACUGUCAGUUUGUCGGCCUGAUGAUUCUGUCUCUGGUGCAAAUGAGAACAAAUCUAAUGGAUACAUUGAUCAUGAUGGGGUGUCUGUGGAAGUAGAAAAUGUACCUCCUAUUAGAACAGAAGAUGUGUCACAGCGAUUGAUAGGCCAGAACAAGGGCAUUCAGGGUCACUGCAACUCUUGUUAUAUGGACUCUGCCCUGUUCAGUGUGUUUUCCUGUUCAUCAGUUCUGGAUUCUCUGCUUUUUAAGUCCAUAAAUCCCGAGGAUAAAACCAUUCAAGACAUCUUGCUGAAGAACAUUGUCAACCCUCUUCGCAAACAAGGUUUCGUCUCUGCGCGCUGUGUGAUGAAUCUUCGGAAACAAUUACAAAAACGGGAACACUGCCCCACUUACACCACAGAUGAGAAGGAUCCUGAAGAGUUCCUCUCUCUCAUUAUGCAAGAGAUUCUCUUUCUAGAUCCGCUGCUCAGUCUCUGCCAAUCAGGAAGUAGACACAAAGUGCAAAGCUGUUACUACUAUCAAAUCUUUAUGGAUUAUAACCACCAUUUAGUCCUGCCAACAGUUCAACAGCUACUAGAACAUUCAUUUUACAGCAACAGUCUCAAGCUAGCAGAGGUUCCUGCCUGUCUGAUUCUCACGAUGCCUCGCUCAGGAAAGAGUUUUAAAAUGUUUCCUAAAAUCAUUCCUUCUACUGAAUUGGACAUCACCGGUCUUCUCGCUGAUAGUCCUCAGCAGUGUGUGUCGUGUGGUCUUUUGGCAAAUGAGGAGUGUGCUGAAUGCUUCAGAGACGCACUGUUUAGUGAUACAGGGUUUAAAUAUUUCUGUACCAAAUGUUCCACUCAGGUUCACUCUCACCAGCAGCGUCGACACCACACUCCCAGCAGUCUUCAUCUUCCUCAGGGCUUCUCUUACUCUGAUUCACUCACGCCUCCACCAGAGAAACUGGAGCUGUUUGCUGUGCUGUGCAUAGAGACCAGCCACUACGUCUCUUUCGUCAAACAUGGACCUCGGGAUACUGACUGGAUUUUCUUUGAUAGCAUGGCUGACCGUGUUGGUGAAAGCAAUGGUUAUAAUAUCCCAGAAGUGCGUGCUUGUCCUGAGGUUGGCCAGUAUUUACACAUGCCUUUGGCUCAGCUGGCAAAUCAAGUGCCUCGAGAAAUGGAUGGUGUGGCCAAACGACUCUUCUGCGAUGGUUACAUGUACCUUUACCAGAGUAAGAGCAUGUCUCUAUAUCGAUGAGUGAAUCUACUGAACAUGUACAAUAAACGAGAGUGUGCAAUCAGAUUACAUUAGACUACAUCUGUUCAAGGGAAAUUAUGAAACUCUAUGGUUCUUUGCUUCAUAUUUGAGCAUUUUAAAUAUUUGAAAUGAAAUAUUAACACUGUUUUGGUAUAAGUUUCCUGUAUUGCAUUGCCAGGGUGGUAUAUACUCUUUAAGCAUUUGGUAUAUACUUUUUUAAUGGAAGCUUUUAGCGAUUAGGCUGAGAUAAAAGUGCUAAAAGUGCCUUGUAUGUAUAAGAAAUAAUAAUAUAAUAAUUUUCUUCUCUUUAAUGUCUUUGCAAUUUUUCCCCCCCUUUUUUUAUUAUUUGGGUGCACAGAACAUUCUUUAAACAUCUUAUAUAUAUUUAAAAGAUUUUGGCUUAAAAGUCAUUUCCUGAGAUUUUAUGUGUGUUGAACAUCAAUUAAGACAACAUUAGCAUAUGUUAGCUUUAAUAGUAGGGAAUAACUUAACUUGAGCUCCCCCUAACCACCUCAAUUUCAUCUCUGGGGUUUAAAAUCUUGGGGCUGUGAGUACUUCAAUGACAGGUCAGUGUCUAACUAUUAUUUAUAAAAUUAAGUUUUCUAAUCCUAAAAGAAGUUGCUACUUCUACUUUUUUUAUCAAACAGUGAGACCAUUCAGUAGUUAGGUGCUGAUCAUGUGUCUCAGUUCUGGUAGUGUUGUCUGAAGUACCAACUUCUAAGAUUCUCUACUGAAAUUUUUAAAGAUGAUGAUGAUGACAGCAAUUCCACUUUCAUUUUGAGCACUGUUGAGUGGAUUACUGAACACUGCUGAUUGGCUAUUGGGUUCACAUGCUUAAAACAUAUGACUGUGAUUGGCUCUAAUGAUCACCAGUUUACAAGAGCAUUACAUGGACUCUGCUGCGUUUGAAAGCUGCGUCUAUCAGCAGAUUAAAGCCAUGUCCACGUGUACACAGGUAUUUUUCCUGCCCUCAUUUAUUAAAAAAAAAAGUCUGUCCACAUAAAAAUGCACUUUGAUGCAUGUUAAGGGUACCAACAGGCAGCAAUAAAAGCAAUUAUGCUGGGUUUACACCAAAUGCGAGCUAAGUAUUGAGUGCAUUCAAAGACUAUAGAACACAAGACAUAUCACUCAUAUAGUUUUGAAUGGGGAAAAAUGUAAAGGUCAAAAUGGUGAAUGAAGCCCCGCCUACUACUACAGGAGCCAAUCAUGGAUUGAUAUAGUCUGACGUUUUUCCAGGGCUAAGCUCAGAUCAGAUGUGUGCUUUUACAACAGUUUGGUGGUCAACAACCACACUGGAAUCUCAGCGAAUCCUUGCUUCACAGACACAAGAAAUAUAUCAAAAUAAAGCUUGACAUCUGUACUUUUAAGGUGCACUUGAUAUUAAAAGUUUUCUGGUUUUGUAAUCCGUAUGAAACCAGCGCGAGAUACAGUCAGUCCUGUCAAAUUUUCUGGAGGAGAUUCGCCAUGAAGAUCAAGUUGUGGAUUACUUUAGAAAACUAGCAUUAUUUAGAGGAUGAUAAAGUGUAGAAUGGCCCUAAAUGAAGUUGGUGUCAUUAUCUCGUUCCUUUUGAAUGCAGACGCAAGUGGGCAAUCUGAAAAUAUGCCAAUUUUCUUUGAUUCAGACAUUUAGAAACAAAACUUAUGAGAUAGUUGUUGCUUAAUUUCAUUGGUGAUUCCAAAUAUGUAAUCUAAUCAUAUGCUUGGCUAAAAGUUUUGGAGAAUUUGAUGUCUCCCCAUUCAGACAGAAUGUCCGAGCAUACUUUUCAAGAGGCAUUUUAAGGAUGGUUACCUUAAAGGGAUGACUUGCCUUAAAGGGACUUUUGUGCAUUGCAUACAAGUCAAUGCAAACAUGUGAACAAUGGCAAAUUACUGUCCCAUGGUGUGGCUAUGCAUAAUUUGCCUCAGUCACAUCUUCCACAUUUGGUGUGAACCAAGCUGUGUUGGCCAAUCAGAAAGGAGAAAACAGCAUGCACACUGACAUUAUGAGACAAAACUCCAGUUAGCGGCAACAGUGGACUCUGAGUUUCUGAAAAUCUACUCCCUGGCCAGAGUUUUUAAGAGAGUUUCGGUUUCAGUCAACUGAUACUGCAUUUUAUUGUGGACAAUUAGCUAAUUAGAGUAGAAAAAACUGCGGUUUUGAAAAUACCUAUGUUUGUGUGGACAGGGCCUAACUAACAAUAUUCAAAUACUGAAAACAAAGACUUUUCCAGUCCAUUCAAAUCAGGUAUGUGUGCGUUCCAAUUUUAUAUUAAGCACUCUUUAAAUAUAUAUAUAUAUA